AUGUACACACACAUAUAUGUAUGUGUACAUGUAUAUACAUACAUAUAUACAUGUACAUAUACAUAUAUACAUAUAUACAUGUACAUAUACAUAUGUGCGUAUACACACGUACAUAUGUAUACACACGUACAUAUGUACGUAUACACACGUACAUAUGUGUAUACACGUACAUAUGUACGUAUACACACGUACAUAUGUGUAUACACGUACAUAUGUACGUAUACACACGUACAUAUGUGUAUGCACGUACAUAUGUACGUAUACACACGUACAUAUGUGUAUAUGUAUAUACACGUACAUAUGUGUAUACACGUACAUAUGUGUAUACACGUACAUAUGUACGUAUACACGUACAUAUGUGUAUACACGUACAUAUGUGUAUACACGUUGUACAUAUGUGUAUACACGUACAUAUGUACGUAUAUACAUAUACGUAUAUACGUGCAUAUAUGUAUAUAUGCACGUAUAUACGUAUAUAUGUGCAUAUAUAUAAGAGCCACAGGGGUGGAUAGAGUUGCUCGCCCUGCCUUCUGGGUGUUUCCAGGGCAGCAGGAAGCAAAUUCAGGCAGAAGUAGGACCACUGAGCUAGAAGCUCUAGCAGGCAUGGCUCACCUGGCUACCAGCAGUCGGGGUGGGUGA